UAUGCAAUCUCUAUCUGCCUUUGAAUGCGACAGGAAAGCCAUACAGUACAAAGUUACCUUCAUAUCAAGAUUUUUUUGUUUGUUUGUUUCAGCAAAAUGCAGAUAGUGUGUCCACAAUCGCGUCAUGAAUUGGGAAGAUAAAAGUGACAUUCUACGCUGCUCUCCAUCUAGUUUCUUUGUGCUUUGUUCCGCGUUGGUGCUGCUUCUUUUUCCGAACAAUCUGCUAAGAGGAGCUUGGUGAAUCGAGUCUUUUCUAUGAGCCUCCACCGCCACUGUCGUCCGCUUUGUUCCCAUGCACCGUACUUGACAGCUUCAUGGGUUGGGCAGAUAAAGCUAUAUCGAAACACGUGACUGUGCUUGUAGGAGCGACGCUUCAUAAGUGUGAAGACAGAGAAAAAAAGACUGGGGAGACACUGGCGACAGCGGCAACAGCAGAAACCUGUAUCCAAAACGCAGACGCGCGCUCCAAGAACGACAAGACACUUCUGCACGCAUUUGAAAAACUUAUGUUACAUACAGACAACUAAGUAAUUAAAUAUAAUAACGAUGGUAGAUUCCUUCUAAGACAUACACACCGAUUGUCUCUCCUUUUAUGUAAGAUCUGUGUUGGUUGGACUUGGCUUGGAUUAACGCGCGGUGACAAAGGGCGAGUCUGCGCACUUGGAAAAAAUUAUGUAAGGUUGUCCAGGCAUCUUACACUGCAGUAUUACCCUGAGACACAGCCAUGAAAUCUGUGCUGGAUGGUGUGGCGGACACCACCUUCCGAACUAUUACAUCUGGUUUACAAUAUCUGGGCUCCAAUGAUGCUAACUAUGAUGACCCCACCAGUGAUGUAGACUUCAAGGGCAGCUUCUCUCUGCAGAAGCCCUUAUCUGCUUUCCGCAGCGACUCCUUCCCGAACAAGGUACCUGCAGAGGAGGAGCUCAUCUUCAAGGGCAUUCCCUUAUACCCCACCAAUGCCACAGACUUGUUUGGCAACAGGAGCACAUUCAGAGAUGAGACUAACAAUAUACAAUGUGGGGAGAACUUUAUGGACAUGGAGUGCUUCAUGGUCCUGAACCCCAGCCAACAGCUAGCUGUGGCUGUUGUAUGUCUGACUCUGGGUACCUUCACGGUGCUGGAGAACCUGGUGGUGCUCUGGGUCAUCCUGCAGUCCCGCACCCUCCGCUCCCGGCCGUCCUACCACUUCAUCGGCAGUCUGGCUGUGGCUGACCUGCUGGGCAGCGUCAUAUUUGUCUACAGCUUUGUGGACUUCCAUGUUUUCCACAGGAAGGACACCCCUAAUGUUUUCCUCUUCAAGUUGGGCGGAGUCACAGCAUCAUUCACGGCAUCUGUGGGGAGUCUGUUCCUCACGGCUAUUGACCGCUACAUCUCCAUACACCGGCCACUUGCCUAUAGACGCAUUGUGACACGGACCAAGGCUGUCAUAGCCUUUUGUAUGAUGUGGACCAUCUCCAUCAUAAUUGCAGUGCUACCUCUCCUGGGCUGGAAUUGUAAGCGUCUCAAGUCUGUUUGCUCAGAUAUAUUCCCUCUGAUUGAUGAGAAUUACUUGAUGUUCUGGAUAGGUGUAACAAGUGUCCUCGUUCUUUUCAUUAUCUACGCCUACAUAUACAUCCUGUGGAAGGCACACCACCAUGCUGUGCGUAUGCUGAGCCGGGCCUCCCAGAAGAGCCUUGUUGUUUACUCAGCAGAUGGCACUAAAGUGCAGACCACACGUCCUGACCAGGCACGCAUGGACAUCCGUCUAGCCAAGACCCUGGUGCUUAUCCUGGUGGUGCUGGUCCUUUGCUGGGGCCCAGUGCUUGUCAUCAUGGUCUAUGACCUCUUCUGGAAGAUGGACAAUGACAUCAAGACAGUAUUUGCGUUCUGCUGCAUGCUCUGUCUGCUCAACUCCACCGUCAACCCAGUCAUCUACGCCUUGAGGAGCCAGGAUCUGCGGCACGCCUUUGUCCACUCCUGCAAUGCCUGCAGGAGCAGUGCCCUGCAGCUGGACAAUAGCCUCGAGUCAGACUGCCAGAACAGAAAUGCCAACAUUUCUGCCAACAGGGCUGCAGAGAGCUGCGUAAAGACCACUGUGAAAAUAGCCAAAGUAACGAUGUCUGUGUCAACCGAAACUUCUGCAGAAGCUGUGUAACUGAUCAUCAUGGCGAAACUGUGUAAAUGUCAUCCUCCCCAAACAAUGCCAGUCAACAUAAUCACACAGAAAUUAGAUGUUCCAGAAAAAAAAAAAAAACGUCCUCCCCUGAAAGUACUGACGUACAUCCUAAUAUAGAUGUUUCAGUAGUUGCAUUAUUUUGUUUGUGCGUGAGUACAUAGUGUGCCAAAGUGCCAAAUAGUUUUGCAAGGUCAUAGAAAGGACUCAUGAUUUGAAAGGAUUAUCAAAGACUAUCAUAACUCUGCUGUUUACCAUAGACAUCGUGAUAUCCAGUUAGUGAAGGGAUAUUAUAUUUUUGUACUGUGAAUUCAGGUUUUAAAAACAAUAUAUCUUCAUUUAUGGGAUAAGGGGCUACUGACAUUUUUAAUUAGAUAUUUUACUGUCAUUUACACUUUAACAUGUCUUACACCAUAAAUAUAACAAAUCCUCACACCUUGACUUUCUACAAGCUUCAUGUACAUGUUGCAUAUAGACCUUUCUAUAAGCAAAAAUGUAAAAAAAAGUCCAAAUGACUGAUUGUUUAUUUCCAAAAUAGCCAUUAAAUGUGUCAUUUUGUAGUUCUUUUGACAACACUCAGUGAGUGGCAAAUGUGUGUGGAGAGUCUGAGAAAUGGGAAGUGCUCCAGGUAAAAAUAAAAAAAUGUAACAUGUUUAUCACCAUCAUUAAGCAAACUGAGAUGGAAGUAAAUGAAUCUGCAUUUUAUGAUUAUAUGAAAUCUAAAAUGAUUCAUUUUAUGUGGCAGAGUGACGAUCGCCCCUGCUGUCCAUUUCCUUACUCUCUAGCUGUUAAACCUUUAGAAUAAUGUGUCUUUGCUCAAAUGUAUACCUAAUAACUGUACAGUGUUUUCUUGCAAAAUGAAGUGUUCAAAUGGAAUCAUUCAGCUAUACACAACAAUGACAACAGCAACCUUUUAGCCAAAGCUUGAUGACAUUCAUUACAACUAAAGUUGGACACAGUGUGCUGGUCACUACUGUAACAAACUCGCUAUAGCUGCUUUCAUCAAUUGUAUGAUUUCACAGCCUAUGUAAGUGUGUGAUACCUUGUGACUUGGUGAAAAUAUUUCCAAGCCUUGUAAUCAUUGCAGUGAGUUGUUUUAGUGCUACUGUUGCAGCGGGGCAUCAUUUCAGAAAACAAAAGCAACCCAUGCACAGGCCUAGUGAAGUACCUUUGGCGUAACUUUUAAUAAAAAUGUCUGCUGUUAAUUUUACUUACUCUAAACAAAGGAACAAGGGUCUUUUCAUUAGAUGGCAACCUGAAUGGAUGCUUGUGUGUGUGAAUUAUGUGGAGAGCUGAGAACUGACCUUACAAAAGAAUCUGAGAAGAUGUGGUUUCUCUAAUAGAUGAUGUAGUAAUUUUAAUCUAGAAAUCUCACAGCACAAUUGUUCUGUAGACAUGUAUCUUGGUGUAAAGUUAUCCAGACUACUGUUUAUCAAUAUGCUUUGCUGCCUCUUGUAUUAUUGAGUAGUGAAGAUCAAAAUGUCAGCUGUCAAGUGGCUUCUGUACAGUGGUGGCAUAACAAGGAAUCUAUGACGUUAAAAUCACAAUCAGUCAAGUGUUUUUAGUAUUGCUGUUUUCAAACUUUUGAAUAAAGUUGCAGCUGAUUGUCA